GUGAACGUUUCAGUUACUUUCAGUGUUUCAGAAGGACAUUGCGUAACGAAAUCGAAACUCAAAUCUUUCACUUUGGAAGGAAUAGCUGAUUUCAUAAAGACGGAACAUCCUAGCAAUGUGAUUGUAAUGACUGGCGCUGGCAUCUCCACAUCCGCGGGAAUCCCUGACUUUAGGAGUCCAGGAUCUGGUCUAUACAAUAAUCUGCAAAAGUACAACCUUCCCGAUCCACAGGCGGUUUUCGAUAUUUCCUUCUUCCACGAGAAUCCUGAGCCGUUCUAUGCGUUGUCCAAGGAGCUGUUCCCCGAAAAUCUCAAGAACAUAGACUCUUUGGAAUUUCUGACCGGAAUUCCCGAAGAAAAGGUUGUCACUGCUCAUGGUUCGCAUCGCACUAGCACAUGUACUAGUUGUGGGAAAAAAUUCGAUCUACAGUGGCUUGAAGAGCGGCUCAAGGACAAGGAUUGCUUGGUACCUAGAUGCGACAAGUGUGAAGGAGUAGUGAAGCCAGACAUAAUUUUCUUCGGUGAAAAUUUGCCGAAACGCUUCUUCCAAUGUGCCAUCUCAGACUUCCCGAAAUGCGACCUUUUGCUCAUAAUGGGACACGCUGUUUCUGAAGAUGUGCCUCGUCUUUUAAUAAACAAGGAACAAGCUGGCCGUGCUGGUAUUGUUGAACGAGCUAUGGGUAUUCAAGGGGAUGUUUUCUGGAGUGGUACAUGUGAUGAUGGAUGCCGUCGACUGGCGGAGCUGCUAGAUUGGGAACAUGAAUUGGAUCAACUGGUGCAAGAGGGUGAGGUGAAAUACAAGGCGAAGCCGAAAUGA